AUGAAGCUGUGGCCGAUUCUGUUGAUCUGCUUGGCCGGAGUUCUGGGUCAGGAGCAAGUGAAGUUCAGUGACUACCGUGUGUUCUCCGUCACGCCACAGAGUGAAGAUCAGCUGAAGGCGCUGAGGAAGUUGGAAUUCGAAGUCACUCCGUCAUUCGACUUCUGGGCAAGUGCUAAGAAUGUCGGCCAGAAAGCAGACAUCAUGGUGGCUCCCGGGCAGAUGGAGGACUUCAAACUGUUUCUAGAGGAGAAUAACCUUGAGGCGUCAGUGAAGAUCGAGGAUGUCCAGAAACUUAUCGAUAACGAGCGUCCUGCAAUCGCCCCGCGCGCCAGUGAUAUGGAGUGGUCAGAUUAUCACUCUCUGGAGACCAUCUUCGAGUUCCUGGACGACAAGAUCGCCGAGAAUCCUGGCGUCGUGUCCAACAUCGAGAUCGGACGCAGCACUGAAGGACGUCCAAUGAGGGGAGUUCUGAUUUCUUACGGGCAAAAUAAUCCGGGAGUCUUCAUUGAGGCCAACACUCAUGCUCGCGAGUGGAUCACUUCGGCCACCGCUACGUACGUUAUCAAUGAGCUCCUCACCAGCCAGGACGCGGACGUGAGGCGCAUUGCCGAGAGCUAUGAUUGGUAUAUCUUCCCAAUGGUGAAUCCCGAUGGCUUCGUUUUCUCCAAGACGCACAACAGACUCUGGAGGAAGACGCGAUCGCGUCAGGGAGUGAUCUGCCAUGGCGUUGAUCCCAACAGGAAUUGGGCAUACGAAUGGCAACCCGGACCUCCUGGAGCCAGCGAUGACAUCUGCUCCCUGACCUACGCUGGACCUGAGCGCUUUUCCGAGCCCGAAGUGCGAUCCGUGGGUAAUUUCGUCAAUGACAACCGGGAAAAGAUCCAGGUGUUCCUGUCCUUCCACUCCUAUGGACAGGUGCUGCUCUAUCCCUGGAGCUAUGUCGCCGAGGACACUCCAGACACGACCAACCAUGUCACCAUUGGAAAUGCCAUGGCAGACGCUAUCAGAACCCUCGAGGGCACUGAGUACGAAGUCAAGAGCUCCUACAACCUCUAUGAGCAUUCCGGGACCGCCAUUGACUACACUUACGGCACGGCUGGCGUGAAGAUCUCCUGGACGUUCGAGUUCCGCGACCAGGGAACUUACGGCUUUGUCCUGCCGCCGCAGUUCAUCAUCCCGAACGCCAUGGAAACCAUGAGAUCUCUGCCAGCAUUGCUGGACGAGAGCACUCGGCUGGGCUACAUCACGCGCAGUCCAACAAAGUAACUCCUCAAUAAAGC